UACACCACCCUGCAUGUAAACAAGCGUGGGCGCACAUCCACCGAAGAAGAACCUUUUUCGUCACCAGUGCGGAGAGGCCGUGUUGUUUUAUUUCAGUUUGCGAAAAGGCUCAUUGCUCUUUUCUCUCUCUCUUCGUCACAUGACAUUGACAUUUGAGCUCAAACUUUAAAAUGUAUAAGGCUCGAGUAGUGUUUAAUUCUUUGACCCCAUUGGCUCCAAAAGUCCUUGGGGCCAAACAAUUUGCAUCAUGGUUGGUGCGAAACGAUCCAAUGGUCAAAUUCAGUCAAGCUAUGGUUUUGGGAUCUCAACGCCGACACAACAAUCGUGCUGCUACAGAACCUUUCCUCAAUGGCAGUACCAGCUCCUAUGUAGAAGAAAUGUACAAUGCAUGGCUUCAAGAUCCACACAGUGUUCAUAUUUCGUGGGAUUCCUUUUUCCGUAACAGUACAGCUGGAGCUGCACCAGGUCUUGCCUACCAACAACCACCAUCUCUAGCUCCUAGUUACAAUCAAGUUCCACUUAAUUCUCUGUUGCCUCUGGGUGGUGGAGCUGCUAUUGGUGCACCAGUGAAUGAAAAAAUUAUUGAUGAUCAUCUAGCUGUGCAAGCUAUUAUCCGUUCAUACCAGAUUCGUGGUCAUCAUAUCGCAAAGUUGGACCCGCUGGGCAUCAACGCCGCUGAUCUCGAUGACCGGCAUCCGCAAGAGUUGCUCUAUAAUUAUUACUCAUUUGGAAAGAAUCCCCGUACGACUUAUGCUCAAGACCUACGCAAUCGGGUUGCUGCACUUACACAAAAGGAAUCGGACAUGGACCGUGUGUUCAAGUUACCGUCGACGACCUUCAUUGGUGGCAAAGAGAAAUCGUUGCCACUGCGCGAGAUACUCAAGAGGCUCGAGCAGACGUACUGUCAGCACAUUGGCGUGGAAUUUAUGUUCAUCAACUCACUGGAGCAAUGCAAUUGGAUUCGUCAGAAAAUGGAAACACCGGGCGUGAUGGAUGUAACCAACGACGAGAAACGCUUGAUUCUCGCUCGUCUAUCUCGUGCUACCAUGUUCGAGGCUUUCCUGGCGCGGAAAUGGUCAUCCGAGAAGCGAUUCGGUCUCGAAGGUUGUGAAAUCUUGAUCCCUGCGAUGAAGCAAAUUAUCGACAAAUCCACCGAACUCGGCGUCGAAUCCAUUGUCAUGGGUAUGCCGCAUCGUGGCCGUCUUAAUGUCUUGGCUAAUGUCUGCCGUAAACCACUCAACCAGAUAUUCACUCAGUUCGCUGCUCUCGAAGCUGCCGAUGACGGAUCCGGUGACGUGAAGUACCAUUUGGGUACGUACAUUGAACGUCUGAACCGCGUGACGAACAAAAAUAUCCGAUUAGCUGUUGUUGCUAAUCCAUCGCAUCUGGAAGCCGUGGAUCCUAUAGUCCAAGGCAAGACCCGCGCAGAACAAUUUUACCGUGGAGACGGAGAAGGCAAAAAAGUCAUGUCUAUUCUUCUGCACGGUGACGCAGCUUUUUGUGGUCAAGGCGUCGUCUUCGAAACGAUGCACUUGUCCGACCUGCCGGACUACACGACUCAUGGUACCAUCCACAUUGUUGUCAACAAUCAGAUUGGAUUUACGACAGAUCCACGACACUCACGCUCGUCACCUUAUUGUACAGAUGUUGCACGUGUUGUCAACGCUCCCAUUUUCCACGUGAACUCUGACGAUCCUGAGGCUGUGAUGCACGUUUGUAAAGUGGCAGCCGAAUGGCGUGCGACGUUCCACAAGGAUGUGGUUAUUGAUCUGGUAUCUUACAGGAGAAACGGCCACAAUGAAAUCGAUGAACCGAUGUUUACUCAACCACUAAUGUACCGUAAGAUCAAAAAGACACCACCUGCGCUCGAACUCUACUCUAAGAAACUCAUCGACGAGGGCACUGUUACAACUGAUGAAGUCAAGCAAGUGAAUGAGAAAUACGAAAAAAUCUGCGAAGAGGCCUACAGCAACGCCAAGCAAGAGACGCACAUCAAGUACAAGGACUGGUUAGAUUCACCUUGGUCAGGUUUCUUUGAAGGUAAAGACCCACUGAAAUCAUCGCCGACUGGCAUCAAAGAGGACACACUCGUGCACAUCGGCAAGAGAUUUUCGUCGCCACCACCUAACGCAGCCGAGUUCGUUAUUCACAAGGGUAUCGAACGUAUUCUGAAAUCGAGAAUGGAAAUGGUUGACGCGCGACAAAUCGAUUGGGCACUCGGUGAAGCAAUGGCUUUCGGUUCGCUACUCAAGGAGGGUAUUCACGUCAGAUUGUCCGGUCAAGACGUUGAAAGAGGUACCUUCUCUCACAGACAUCAUGUCCUUCAUCAUCAGACCGUUGACAAGGCCACCUACAGACCUCUUAGCUAUCUAUAUCCAGAUCAAGCUCCAUAUACAGUGUGCAACAGUUCCUUAUCUGAGUAUGGUGUGCUUGGAUUUGAAUUAGGAUACUCGAUGACGAAUCCUAAUGCUUUAGUGAUUUGGGAGGCACAAUUCGGUGAUUUCAACAACACCGCUCAAUGCAUUAUCGAUCAAUUUAUCAGUAGCGGACAGGCUAAGUGGGUGAGACAAUCUGGCCUUGUUAUGCUCCAGCCUCAUGGUCUUGAAGGAAUGGGUCCCGAGCACUCCAGUGCUCGUCUCGAAAGAUUCCUACAGAUGUCCGCUGAUGAUCCAGACUACUUCCCACCUGAGAGUGAAGAGUUCGCAGUGCGACAGCUACACGACAUCAACUGGAUUGUUGCUAACUGUAGUACCCCAGCCAAUCUUUUCCACAUCUUACGUCGCCAAAUUGCACUGCCCUUCCGCAAACCUCUUAUCAUCAUGACACCAAAGUCGUUACUUCGUCAUCCUGAAGCUCGUUCCAGUUUCGACCUCAUGACUGAGGGCACUGAAUUCCUCAGAAUUAUCCCGGAGGAAGGUAUUGCGGCUCAAAAUCCGAAUGAAGUCAAGAGAAUUCUCUUCUGCUCGGGCAAAGUUUACUACGAUCUUAAAAAAUCGCGAUCAGAGAGGAAAAUGGAUAACAACGUUGCCAUUGUUAGGGUAGAACAGAUAUCUCCAUUCCCUUACGACCUCAUCAAAAAGGAAGUAGCCAAGUACCCUAACGCUGAACUGGUGUGGGCUCAAGAAGAGCAUAAGAACCAGGGAGCAUGGGCGUACGUGCAACCCAGAUUCCAGACAUGUCUUAAUGGAACUAAGUCUGUCUCUAUCGCGAGUGCAAGCGAUAAUAGCGGCGGCUGGUUGAGUAGCUGGUUCUCGUCAUCAAAAACGGCCGAAAUUCCGGCAGCACCAGACACAAAAGAACCAUCGAAACCAAAGCCACGAGACAUUAGGUACGUCGGCCGACCUACUGCGGCGUCACCAGCAACUGGCAGCAAAAUGCAGCAUUUGAAAGAGCUUAAGCAGCUGUUGGAUGACUCCUUUAAUAUUUAACUCUCGUAGAUUUGUAUAAAUCAGAAUUUAUUUAUUUUAAUUCUUUAUCCCAAUGUUGAUACGGCAAUCGCACGCGCUACGUUUAUUUAAAGAUAAUCAUUUGCUCCUUCUCCUUUACUUGUUUAAAUGAUUAGCAGCUAGCCAGUGCGAGUGAUGUUCAAAUCAGCGCGAGAUUUGGAUCUUUAUUCACUCUGUUGCACGAAAAUUGAGAGCAAGAGUUUUAUUUUUACUAUUCGCAAUGUACAUUAGUCGAAUCUAGUGUUAUUGUCAGUGAUAUUUAUGAAAAUUACUGCUAUACAUACUAGAGGUGAAUUUCGCGCUGGUUUAAAUAAGAACUCUCUCCUCUCUUCCCCCUCCCUCCAUCUAAAGGUUGAUGUAUUCUUUUUCUGUGUCCUUUUUGAAAAAAAUGAAACAAGCAAUUUCGUGACAUGUAAUAAAAAUAUACUAAAGUAUUAUUUUAAACUUAAAUGCUGAGCUUGUAAGAUGAAAGCGCUUGAGCGAUUCCGUUGAACUAGGAUUGAUUCUCCGCAUGACGUUGAACGCAAUGUUGAAGAGAUAGUUUUCUAUAAAAUAGAAAAACAAAUCAAAGACCACCAAUCGUUGGUUAAUCGUUCAUAGUAUCUGCGUUUCUUUGCGUAAAAGAUCGAGACGAUUGGCUAUUUAAUCGUUGAGUGCUAGAGCGGCGCUGCUUGAAGUAAAGCGCGCCCUCAAACGGUGGCUCGUUUGUUUAAUGUAUAAUGAUAACGGUGACGAUAGCGGAGAUGGCGAUGAUAUUUGCAAUGUAACUUUUAAUAAGUUAUUUACUUAGAAGAAAAAGCAAUUUACUGAAACUUAUAUUGGACACUGAAUAUAGUCUGCAUAGACAGUAUUUCACUCGCAAGUUCCUUAUGUCCUUAAGGUAUUUUUCGUUGUUGAGUUACACACAUUCGUCGAUCAAAAAUUGCACUCAGCGAAUAUAUAUCGGUGAAAAUAAAAAAAAAUCCUUGACAAAAAAUAAUUAAAGUAAAUGAAGAAAAAGUACCAAUGGCGUUACAAUGAUGUCGUUUGUCAUUUCUGGCAGGAACUAGAUGUGAUCUAACGAAUAAAAGUCGCACUUAUUUUAACAAGACAGAACUUUUCUCGGUGAUACUUAAAUAGAGAUUUUAUUGUCCAUUAUAUUUAUUUUGCUGACGAAAUGAUAUGUUAUGCAUAGUUUUCCCUGUCGACAAUAGUCGUUCGAAAGACGUGUGCAGUGCAUACUUAACAAAAAUUGAUUGCGGUAUCAAGUGAUACAAUGUAGCUGAAAAAUGAAUAUUCGGUAGUGAAACGUUGAAUUUAGUUUUAAAAAAAAAAUUACGUUUUAUUGAUUUACGAGAGAUUAACGGGAAAAUAACACAAAUUUACAUUGCACUUCAUUGUAGAAUAUUUCAGUAUGGCAAUCAAAUUAAAAUCUUACACCAAAAAACAA